ACACGUAAAACAGAAGACCGACACAGACUGGUGUUGUUUUGCUCCUCAAUAUUAACUGCAGCGCUUUGUUUCUACUAUUUCUUACAAUUUUAGCGGUCUGCAAUGGAAGCGGCUACACGCAGACCCUGCUGCUGUCUACCGUCAUUAGGCUCUUUACAACUUCAAAGCUGCACAACAUGGUUGUUUUAAGUGUUAGCCGACAUAUAUCGGUCAUCAUUAAAUUAGACGUUGCUAUUAAUUAGCUGAGAUUUAGCACUUCUAAACCUGUAGGGUUGCUAAUAUUCUCACUGAUUUUGUCCCCAUAAAGUAAAGUAAUGUCUAAUUGUGGCUCACGACCCAAUUAAAUAGUGAUUUUCCCUUCUCAGGUUGUUUCAUUUGAACGAUUUUGAGGUCUAAAAGGGUAAAAUAUCCACUAUGUAAAUAGUAAAACAUGUAAUUUAAUUUUGUGUAACAUAAAUGUUUUUCUUUCUUUCUUAUCCCUUUAAUAAUCCUGACACUGAAUUAUUAGUAAAUCUCAGAUUACCUUUGCGAUCAGUGAGUCUCAACCUCUGUACUGAGUGUAAUAGUCCAACAAACAUUUAGUCUGUUAUGAAGUCCUUAAAAUAAGUGGAAAUCCAAUUCUUAGUUAUUCCUAGAAAUAUACUGAAACCACUGGGAGCUAUCACAGAAGAGGAAUCAUCACUUAUUUCUAUUCAGCUAUGUCAGACUCAUAAAUCCAUAUCAGUAUAAGUCAUAUAAGUAUACUUAAUUAUUUGAUUUUUUUCUUUUUCAAAAGCUAUACAGUUAGACUAGACAUUGUUUAACAAUGAUCUUUUGUUAUUCAGUCACACUAAGAUUAGCUGUUUAUGUUGGCGUCAAUAUAAAUCACUGCUGGAACUGAUCACAUUUACUUCAUUUGGGAGAUGCUUUCAGUGUUUGCUGUAUUAGUGGUAUUUCUUAGUGAUGCAUGCACAUUUGAACUGCUCUGUUCCAAGUUGUGCAAAUGCAGUUGAAAGUGCAUAUUGACUGAGAAGUCUGCUAGUAUGGUGCAUUUAUGUAAAAUAAAAUCCAACACUUGAUGCUCGGAGUUGUUUGCUGCCCCUCGCUGACCACCAGAAAUAAAUUUGGAACCUGCAGGCAAUAUUAAGAUACUGUUCAGGGCUGAUUAGGUCGAUUAAUCAGCCAAUAAACAGAAAAUUGUAAUAUAUUUAUGCAGGUGUCAUGAUAAUUUGGUAUAAUGCUGACCCGAGGAUGAUAGUCACAUGAUGUGAGGUUCACUAAAAGUAAGCAUCCUUCAGGAUUGAAGAGAGUUCUGUUCUCCUGUGAUCAUGCAAUAUGUUGUGGACACGCCAGCACCUCUGAUGCUGCGUCACUUGUCUUAAGAUAAAACCAAGUUUUCAUGGCCCAUGGUCAUUUAUGUUCUGACACCACGAAAGAUAUCAGGCUGAUAUUGUUUGGUCUGAUAUGGAGUAUUUACAACCUGUAUGGUCAUCUGACUGGCUGUGUUUGUUGCCCCUCUGGACUUUGUUGUCGUGAUGAAGUCUUGUUCCUAGAUCUCAGGACUUAUUUUGGCGAGUAAGAUGUUAUCAUAACCGAUAGAAAUCAUGUCCAUAGCUAAGUUAUUUGAAUAAACUGUGAGUAUCCUUUGAAGGCACUGUUGGUCCAUGUGUUGGCAGUAGACUGUUUUGAUCCUCUGCCUUCCUCCCUGUAGCGAUCACAGAGUCCAGGUCCCGAUGUCUUCAGGAGGAGUUGGUUCUGUCACCAGGUUCGACCGGGUACGGGAGAUCCCACACUAUGACGAGGUUCCUGUGGGCUCCUUAUGGCGGGACCAGGAUUUCCCUCUGCCUCCUGCACCCUGUCAUGAAACAUUGCCGGCCACCAGCUUAGACCCCCUCCCCCCUCCCCCUCUGCCUGACCAGCCAGCUGUUGGGCCAGAAUCCUUCUACCCUCCCAGCGACGGUGAGCCAAUGGAGGGCGACUGUGAUGCCAUGGACAUUAAGCCGGUGCACCGCUUCAUCCCUGACUCUGUCAAGAAUUUCUUCCGUGGCAACAGUGGUAACCGUGGCAGCAAGGGUUGGACCAUCCCCCCACCUCCACCUGCCCCUGACUCCCCUGCUCCCUCGUCCAGGAAGAGCACCAACGGCCACACCACGACCGGAGUCCCCUGCUCACCUCCCCACUCCACUCCUCCAUCUCCGUCCCUUCCUGGCUCCUAUCGGGACCCCUAUGGCGGCUCUGGGGGCAGUUACACCACUGAGAAGGAACGAGACGGGCUGCUGCUGGGUGCUGAGGCCAUAGACUCUGCAUCCGCAGUGCCCACCAAUCUCUCAGCCCUGACCUACCAGGAGAGGGUGGAGGAGUACCACCAGCGCUAUGCCUACAUGAAGUCAUGGGCUGGCCUGCUGAGGAUCCUGGGCUGUGUGGAGCUGCUGCUGGGAGCUGCUGUGUUCGCCUGCGUCUGCGCCUAUGUUCAUAAGGACAACGAGUGGUUCAAUAUGUAUGGAUACUCCCAGCCAGGUGCUGGUGCAUACGGAUAUGGGGGCGGUUACUACACAGGCCCCAAGACCCCUUUUGUCCUGGUGGUGGCUGGUCUUACGUGGAUAGUGACCGUUAUUCUGGUCGUUCUUGGAAUGUCCAUGUACUACAGAGCCAUCCUUCUGGACUCUACUUGGUGGCCGCUCACAGAGUGCUCCAUCAACCUGGUCAUGGCGGUGCUCUAUUUGGCAGCAGGGAUAGUGUAUGUGAGAGACACCACUCGCGGGGGGCUGUGCAACAUACCGGUCUUCAAUAACGGAAUAAAUGGUGCCUUCUGUCGCACUGAGGCCGGCCAGACAGCAGCCAUCGUCUUCCUCUUCAUCACCAUGGUGCUCUACUUCAUCAGUGCAGGAGUGUGUCUGAAGCUGUGGAGGCACGAAGCAUCCAGGAUGAGGAAGGAGGCGCUGGCAGAGGAGAUGAAAACUAUCGGAUCGUCGGUCCCUCUGUCUAUACUGGGUCCAGCCUCCAGGGCCUCAGAACAGACUCCUCUCCCCACCAUCCAGCCAGACAUCAUGGAUGCUACAAACAACUUUGCAGCUGCUUCUCUGAUGGCGAUGGAGCCAGAGAUCCUCCGAGGUCACAUACCAGCUGGACACAUCCCCAAACCUGUCGUUAUAGCCGACUAUGUGGCGAAGUACCCCAGCAUACGCUCAGAGGAGGAGAGGGACCAGUACAAGGCCGUGUUCAACGACCAGUACGCCGAGUACAGGGAGCUACACGCUGAGGUUCAGGCCAUGGCCAAGAAGUUUGAAGAGAUGGACGAGAUGAUGAGGAACCUUCCCUCCCGGCCCUCUAGCCAAAUGGAGAAGGAGCGGAUAAAUAGCAUUUUAAUGGAAUAUCAGAGAAAGAAAGCUGACCCAACAUAUCUGGAGAAACGGGAGAGGUGUGAGUACCUGAAGAGCAAGCUGUCUCAUAUCAAGCAGAAGAUUCAGGAGUACAACAAAGUCAUAGACUGACACGACAUUCAUUUCAGUAUGCCGAGCAACAAACACAGCCCGCCGCCCUACCAGCCUAAUGGUAGCAAACACCACAGCAGCAGACACAGGCACAGUGAGCUCAUGUCCAAUCCAGCCUUUUCCUACUACCCAGGAGAGAAGAUGCUUCACUUCUAUCGCUGGACUUCGCCACCGGGUGUGAUGAAGAUAUUAUGCAUCAUCAUCAUCGUCAUGUGCGUGGCUGUGUUUGCCUGUGUGGCCUCCACGCUGGCCUGGGACUAUGAUAUGAGCCUCAUGGGUCUGGGCGGUGGAGCUGGCUUGUUGCCAGGUUAUGGUGGCUCAUACGGGGGCUCCUACGGUGGCUCCUAUGGUGGCAGUUAUGGCGGCUCAUAUGGAGGCGGCAUUAGCAGCGGCGGCUCCUAUGGCUACGGAGGGACGCAAAUGAAUCCCAAAGCUGGCAAAGGCUUCAUCAUUGCCAUUGCUGCCAUCACCUUCAUAGCUGUGCUCAUCAUAUUUGUUUUGGUUGUUUCGAGGCAAAAUGCUGCCCGCUCACCACAGUUCUACCUAGCAACCAUCAUCAUCUGUGCCAUCUUGGCAUUCCUGAUGCUCAUCGCCACUAUUGUGUACUUGGUAGCGGUGAACCCAACAGCCCAGUCCACAGGGUCUAUGUACUACAACCAGGUCCGCCAGCUGUGUGCACAGUACCAGAACCAGAACCAGGCCCAGGGCAUCUUCCUCAACCAGUACCUGUACCAUUACUGUGUGGUGGAGCCCCAAGAGGCCAUCGCUAUUGUCCUGGGCUUCCUGGUGUUUGUCGCCCUCAUCAUCCUGCUGGUGUUUGCGGUCAAGACUCGCUCCAAGAUCAGGCGCUGGGGCCGGGACCGCAUUCUGUGGGAGGAAGUAAAGGUCAUCAGUGAUGCUCCACACAACAGUGUCGGGGAGUGGGUGAAUAAUGUUUCUGGUGAACCAGAGGUACUUGUGAGUGACCAUAAUGACAGAGUUGGGGGGUCCAGAGACUAUCUGGACCAGCUGGACCAUACCAAGCCUCUUUACCUGCCAGGAGACUCAGACAUCAGCAGCUCUGUGGCAGGUCUGAAGCCCAGGCUGAAGGACUACGACACUGGUAUGGAGUCUGGAGAUGACCUGGAGGAGGAGGACUUCAGCAUCAUGUUUCCUUCAAUUGUGGAUGAGCAAGAGCGUCUAAACUACAAACGGGAAUUUGACCGGGAUCACCAGGAGUACAAGAGCCUGCAGGCUGAGCUGGACAGCAUAAACCAGGACCUAGCUGACCUGGACAGAGAGUUGGACCGACACCCUGAGGGCAGUCCACAGUUCCUGGAUGCCAUGGAUGAAUACACCAAACUGAAGAAUCUCAAGAAGUCUCCAAACUACGAGAUUAAGAAGAAAAGGUGCAAAUUUCUCAGGUCCAAACUGUCGCACAUCAAGAAGAAGAUCAGCGAAUAUGACCGCCGACCUUAAACCUUCACCUUUGACCCCCUCAUGCUGGGAAAGAGACAAAUCUGAAAUUUCCCACCCCACUGUGUUUGAGUUCAUCUCAGACAUAUGUGAGCCUAUAUAGUGAGCCUGUUGCCUUUAUGUUACAUCUGUAUCAAGCCAAUCAACUAAGAUGUUUUCCAGAAGAGAGGGGAUGAAGGAAGUGGAGUCUUUUUUACUAUUAUCUGUGAUCAAUUCUUCAGCCUCUGUGAGUUUCAUGAAGAACUAUUUAGAUGUAUAAAAUGUAUUUUAUUAAUUUCUCUCCCGAAGUUAGAAAGUGAGAGAUACAAGACGUUUUUGUUUCACUACUUGUGACUUUUGUCAAGCAGUUCAUGUGCUUCUUUUAUAAGCUUUUUUUAAAAACAUAUUUUGUGUCCAGUGAAGAUGCAUGAAUUUGCUUGGCAUCAUUAAGCCACUGACCACUCCUUGUAAAUAAUGUUAAUUUUUAGUUUGUAGAAAUCAUUUAACAUUUUCUGUCAUUUUUGUGCCGUUUGGUGUAAAUGAUAUAACAUCUCUGUCCUUUUUUAAAGUUCUCAUUGUAGACCUUUCUUUUGGUUGAUAGAAGGAAGAGUGCAGGUGUAACUAAUUGAUUAAUGAUGCCUCUGUUACCUUGUGUCAUAGCAUUUGUCUUCUACUGUAAUCUGCAAUAAAUUUCAUUUCUUUCCACUUUUUUGAAAGCAAAUGAAAUUUUUUUUGUCAAUAUGUUUUUAUUCUGUAGAUUUUCCAUUGAUUGAAAAAUUGCCUGCUGUUUCUCUGAACUGACUUAUGCAACGUAUAUGUUUUGGUGUGCAAUCACAAAGUUAGAUCCAUUUGUAUACGUCUUGGGGAAACAUGACUGUGAGCUUUCAAUAAAAAAAAAUAUUGGUUA